AUGAGCUACUAUCAGCUUCCGGUGGUGCUCGACAACGGCUCGGGAGUGAUCAAGGUGGGCCUGGCUGGGAGCCGGGAGCCCCAGUUUGUCUAUCCGAACAUCAUUGGCCGCGCCAAGGGUCAAACCCUGGCCGCCAAAGACUUGGAAAAACUGUUCGCGGGCGACCAAGCGCAGGAGAGACGCAGCUCACUGUCUAUCAGCUAUCCAAUGGAACAUGGUCUCAUUACUUCCUGGGGAGACAUGGAGAUCAUGUGGAAGCAUAUCUAUGACCAUAACCUGAAGCUAAAGCCCUGUGAUGGCCCAAUCUUGAUCACAGAGCCAGCACUGAACCCGCUGGUCAACCGGCAACAGACCAGUGAAGUGUUUUUUGAGCAUCUGGAAGUUCCUGCCUUCUAUAUGUGCAUCCAGGGUGUUCUGGCAUUGUUUGCUGCAGGUUUUACAAGUGGAUUUGUGGUGAACUCAGGUUCUGGGGUUACCCAGUGUGUACCCAUCUUUGAGGGUUACUGUCUGCCUCAUGGUGUCCAGCAGUUAAAUCUAGCAGGCACUGACCUCACAAACUACCUCAUGAUGAUGCUGAAGGACCGUGGUGUCAUGUUGUUUAGUGCUGCAGACAGACAGAUUGUUGCAGACAUUAAGGAAACCUAUUGUUAUGUGGCAAUGAACUAUGAGGAGGAAAUGGCCAAGACACCUGAUUAUCUGGAGAAAGUUUACCAAUUGCCUGAUGGGAAGACUAUCAGGCUCCAUGAGGAGCUCUUUAAUUGUCCAGAGGCCCUCUUCACUCCAAGUCUCAUGAGACUUGAGGCCCCUGGCAUUGAUAAGAUGUGCUUCAACAGCAUAAUGAAAUGUGAUACAGAUCUGAGGAAUUCCUUCUUUUCCAAUAUAAUCCUUGCUGGGGGAUCAACCUCUUUCUUGGGUUUGGAGAAGCGACUAGUUAAGGAUAUCGCAAAGUUGGUACCUGCCAACACUCCUGUGCAGGUUACAGCUCCCCCAGAAAGGAGAAUAUCGGUGUGGAUGGGCGGUUCCAUUCUUGCAUCUCUGUCUGCCUUCCAGGACAUGUGGAUCACUGCUGCAGAAUAUAAAGAGGUUGGACCUAACAUAGUUCACCAAAGAUGCUUCUAA